UUAAAAGAAUCACUAUAUUUAAAAUAAAAAAUAACCAUUUGUAUAUUCUACAAAUUUUAAACUGAUCGUACAACUAUUAAUAUCUUGAAUUAUAUGAAAUUAUAAGAUUUUAAUUGGUCAAUCGCUAAAUAUAUUUGUGUUCCGCAUGUGCCUUACAGUAUUUAAUGAAAACGUACUAAAUCAAUUUUUUGGAAGGUAGCAGUUCAAUGGAUUACGAAUUCAAAAUUAAGACAGGUAAUGAAAGAGCUAAAGUUGAAGAACUUUUCGACUACGAAGGAUGUAAAGUUGGAAGAGGUACUUAUGGUCAUGUUUAUAAAGCAAGAAGAAAAGAUGGGGACAAUAGUAAGGACUUUGCAUUGAAACAAAUUGAAGGUACUGGAUUAUCAAUGUCAGCAUGUCGUGAAAUCGCUUUAUUACGUGAGUUGAAACAUCCAAAUGUAAUUAAUCUAAUUAGAGUAUUUUUAUCACACAAUGAUAGAAAAGUGUGGUUACUUUUUGACUAUGCAGAACAUGAUCUUUGGCAUAUUAUUAAAUUUCAUAGAGCAGCUAAAGCUAAUAAAAAACCAGUCAUGGUUCCUAAAGGAAUGGUGAAGUCAUUACUGUUUCAGAUCCUAGAUGGAAUACAUUAUUUACAUUCUAAUUGGGUGUUACAUAGAGAUUUGAAACCAGCAAAUAUUUUAGUGAUGGGUGAAGGUCCUGAAAGAGGACGAGUUAAAAUAGCUGAUAUGGGGUUUGCUCGGCUUUUCAAUGCUCCAUUAAAACCACUUGCUGACCUUGAUCCAGUUGUGGUCACUUUUUGGUAUCGUGCACCUGAACUUUUAUUAGGUGCAAGACAUUAUACAAAGGCUAUUGACAUUUGGGCAAUUGGAUGUAUAUUUGCUGAAUUGUUAACAUCUGAACCUAUUUUUCAUUGUCGUCAAGAAGAUAUCAAAACAAGUAAUCCAUAUCAUCAUGAUCAAUUAGAUAGAAUUUUUAAUGUAAUGGGUUUUCCUCAAGAGAAAGAUUGGGAGGAUAUAAAAAAGAUGCCUGAACAUCAAACUUUAAUGAAAGAUUUCAAAAGAUCAAAUUAUUCAAAUUGUUCUUUGGUGAAAUAUAUGGACAGACAUAAAGUAAAACCAGAUAGCAAAGCAUUCCAUUUGUUACAAAAACUGUUGCUGAUGGAUCCUAACAAAAGAAUUACUUCAGAACAGGCUAAACAAGAUUCAUAUUUCCAAGAAGAUCCUACACCCACUUCUGAUGUUUUUGCUGGUUGUCCAAUUCCAUAUCCAAAAAGAGAAUUUCUAACUGAUGAUGAUCAAGAUGAUAAAGAUAAACGUCAGCAAGCAACAAAUGGUGCACACUCUGAUCAAGCUGGCAGUCAUCACAGUCAUCAACAACAACAUGCUGCUAAUCAAAAACGAAUGCGUAUGAAUGGACUUGGUCAACAUCCUAGUGUUAAUCCUGGAACAGUUAUGUCACAAAAUGUUCAACAGCAACAACAACAGCAACAGCAACAGCAACAGCAACAACAACAACAACAACAACAACAACAGCAGCAGCAACAACAAGUUCAACAACAACAAGUUCAACAGCAACAACAACCACAACUCUCACAACAACAACAACAACAACAAAACUCACAACAACAACAACAACAACAACACCAACAACAACAGCAGCAGCAGCAGCAGCAGCAGCAACAACAACAACCACAGCAACAGCACCAACAAGACUUCCAUCAUGUGCCUCAGCAUCAACAGCAAAUGAUGUAUUCUCAAGGUAAUCCUAAUGGACCGGGCCCAAAUUAUUCACAAAGGUUUUAAUUUUUGAUUUUUUUCUUUUUUGACUGACGAAUUUUUCUAUCAAUACCUUUGUGCGGUAUAUUUUAUAAAUGUUUAGAACUAAGUUGAAUACUAUACGAUUCUACUAAUUGUCACGACUAAGGAAUUUGUUCAAAUAAUUAGGUUGAAUUUCUCUGCCUGUUAAGUUGAGAUUGUACUGUGUUAUUUUCUUAAUAAAAAUAACUAUUAUAGCAUUCAA